UGGAUGUAGCCUGCCGGGGACGCUGCGGAGCAACGAUCCGGAUCUAAAGACUCAAAAAAGACCACGAGCAGCGGCAGCAGCAGGAUGAGCUCGGACGGGGGCGGGCGGCCCGUCAAGGUGGGCUCCCUGGUGGAGGUGAUCGGGAAGGGGCAGCGCGGCACGGUGGCGUUCAUCGGCACCACGCUCUUCGCCUCCGGCAAAUGGGUGGGGGUCAUCCUGGAUGAGGGCAAGGGCAAGAACGACGGCACGGUGCAGGGCAAACGCUACUUCACCUGCGAGGAGAAUCACGGGAUCUUUGUGAGACAGUCACAGAUCCAGCUGGUUGAUGAUGGAGCGGACACCACGUCCCCAGAGACACCGGAGCCCGGCACCGGCAAGGUUCCCAAACGAGAGAUCCUGGAGACGCCCAAGUCCACCAAACUGCAGCCCACCCGCCCGGCGGGGGGGAAGGGGGCGGCGUCCGGCUCGGCUUCGGCCUCGGCCGGAGAGAUGAGCAGCAGCGAGCCCAGCACGCCGGCCCAGACGCCCCUGGCUGCUCCCAUCAUCCCCACCCUCCACUCCCCGGGGAGACCUCAGGCCCCUGUGCCCAGCAAGGAGGAGGAGGCCCUCCGUGGUCAGGUGAAGGACCUGGAGGAGAAGCUGGAGACGCUGAAGAUGAAGAGGACGGAGGACAAAGCCAAGCUGAAGGAGCUGGAGAAGCACAAGAUCCAGCUGGAGCAGCUGCAGGAGUGGAAGACCAAGAUGCAGGAGCAGCAGGCCGAGCUGCAGAAACACCUGAAGGAGGCCAAGAGGGAGGCCAAGGAGGCGAUGGAGGCGAAGGAGCGCUACGUGGAGGAGAUGUCCGACACUGCGGAUGCGAUCGAGAUGGCCACGCUGGACAAGGAGAUGGCCGAGGAGCGAGCCGAGUCUCUGCAGCUGGAGGUCGACUCCCACAAGGAGAAAGUGGACGAGCUCACCAUGGACCUGGAGAUCCUCAAGCACGAGAUCGAGGAGAAAGGUUCCGAUGGGGCGGCCUCCAGUUACCAUGUGAGACAGCUGGAGGAGCAGAACGGCAGAUUGAAAGAAGCACUGGUCAGGAUGCGAGACCUGUCGUCGUCGGAGAAGCAGGAGCACGUGAAGCUGCAGAAGCAGAUGGAGAAGAAGAACGUGGAGCUGGACUCUCUGAGGAGCCAGAAGGAGAAGCUGCAGGAGGAGAUGACGGUGGCGGAGAGGACCAUCGACGAGCUGAAAGAACAGGUGGACGCAGCCCUGGGAGCGGAGGAGAUGGUGGAGACUCUGACCGAGAGAAACCUGGACCUGGAGGAGAAGGUCCGGGAGCUGAGGGAGACGGUCACGGACCUGGAAUCGAUCAACGAGAUGAACGACGAGCUGCAGGAGAACGCCCGAGAGACGGAGCUGGAGCUCAGGGAGAUGUUGGACCUCGGGACGUCGAAGGUCCGAGAGUCUGAGAAACGCGUGGAAGCCGCUCAAGAGACCGUCGCAGAUUAUCAGCAGACGAUCAAGAAGUACCGCGAGCUCACCGCUCACCUACAGGAGGUGAACAGGGAGCUGACCAGCCAGCAGGAGGCGUCGGCCGAGCUGCAGCAGCAGGCGCCCGCUGAGAUGUUUGACUUCAAGAUUAAGUUUGCAGAGACGAAGGCCUACGCCAAGGCCAUCGAGAUGGAGCUGAGGAAGACGGAGGUGGGUCAGGCCAACAGACACGUGUCUCUUCUGACCGCCUUCAUGCCCGAGUCCUUCCUUCGUCACGGUGGAGACCACGACUGCAUCCUGGUGCUGCUGCUCAUCCCCCGGCUCAUCUGCAAGGCCGAGCUGAUCAGCAAACAGGCCCAGGAGAAGUUUGACCUGAAUGAGAACUGUGUGGAGCGGGUGGGUCUGAGAGGAGCCGUCGGGGAACAGCUGAGCUUCGCCGGGGGUCUGGUGUACUCGCUCAGUCUGCUGCAGGCCACGCUGCACAAAUACGAGCAAGCUCUGUCUCAGUGCGGUGUGGACGUCUAUAAGAAGAUCGGCGCUCUGUACCCGGAGAUGAGCGUCCACGAGCGAUCGCUGGAUUUCCUCAUCGACCUGCUGCACAAAGAUCAGCUGGACGAGACUGUCAACGUGGAGCCGCUCACCAAGGCCAUCAAAUACUAUCAGCACCUGUACAGCAUCCACCUGGCAGAUCAGAGUGAAGACUGCACCAUGCAGCUCGCCGAUCACAUCCGAUUUACCCAGAGUGCCUUGGACUGCAUGGCGGUGGAGGUCGGGCGCCUGCGGGCGUUCCUGCACGCCGGUCAGGAGAAGGCCGACCUGGCCGUGCUGCUCAAGGACCUGGAGACGUCCUGCAGCGACAUCCGGCAGUUCUGCAAGAAGAUCCGCCGCCGGAUGCCGGGGACCGACGCGCCCGGCAUCCCGGCCGCGCUCCUCUUCGGUCAACAGGUGUCGGACACGCUGUCAGACUGCAGGAAGCACCUGACCUGGCUGGUGGCCGUGCUACAGGAAGUGGCAGCAGCCGGAGCUCAGAUGAUGUCGCCUCUCGGGGAACAGGAGGGGCUGGCGUCCGUCAAACUGGAGGACGUGGCGUUCAAGGCGGGAGAACAGAUCUAUGGAUCUCAGGGCGCCAACCCCUACGAGUAUCUGCGCCAGUCCUGUGGGAUGGUCAUCGCCACCAUGAACAAGAUGGCCACCGCCAUGCAGGAGGGCGAGUACGACUCUGAGAAGCCGCAGAACAAGAAUCCUCCGCCGGUCGAGGUGCGAGCGGCGGCUCUCCGGGCGGAAAUCACCGACGCAGAAGGUCUGGGCAUGAAGCUGGAGGACAGAGAGACGGUCAUCAAGGAGCUGAAGAAGUCUCUGAAGAUCAAGGGCGAGGAGCUGAGCGAGGCCAACAUCCGCCUCAGCCUGCUGGAGAAGAAGCUGGACAGUUCGUCCAAAGACGCCGACGAGCGCGUGGAGAAGAUUCAGACGCGACUGGACGAAGCUCAGACGCUGCUGAAGAAGAAAGAGAAGGAGUUCGAGGAGACGAUGGACGCGCUGCAGGCCGACAUCGACCAGCUGGAGGCGGAGAAGGCGGAGCUGAAGCAGCGAAUCAACAGCCAGUCCAAGAUGACCAUCGACGGGCUGAGGGGAACCGGGCCGUCGGGGAUCGCCUCCAUCGUCACGGGGAUAGCAGGAGCCUCCAUGAUGCCCGGCGUCACGUCGGCUUCAGGCGUCCAGGUGAUCGACUCCCCGCUGCUGACUCAGCAGAUCGAGGCUCAGAGACUCUGCAUCAAGCAGCUGAAGAACGACAACAACAGGCUGAAGGCUGAGAAGAUGCGUGCUCAGCUCGCCGCUCUGCCUCCGCUCCACGUGACCAAGCUUCCCUCCGGAGAGGGGGGGCGUCCCGAGGUGCUCUCCAGCGCCCUCUACCGCAAGACCGACCAGCUGCUGGAGACUCUGCUGCAGAUGAGCGCCAACGUCAAGGUGGUGGACGUCACGGGGAAAUCUCCAGUGACGCCGAGCGCUCAGCUGCUGGAGCAAACUGCCAGACUCCAGUCUCUGAGCGACACGCUGGGCCGACUGAAGGACGAAGUGGCCGAGCACGUGGUCAACCAUCAGCCUGGAGCUCGAGUGACGUCCGACUUCGCCACUUUUCCGUCCACCUCGUUUGUUAAGGCGAAGGAGGAGAAGCAGGGCGACACGGUGCUGGUGGGUCGGGUCAUGGUGCCGUGUCUCCGCGGUCAGGAGCAGGUCCACCGCCUCGUCCUGUCCCAGGCUCAGCUGCACAGAGUCCACCGGCUGCUGAGGACCUAAACCCCCCCCGAUCCCCCCCAACCCUGCCUGCUACACCGACGCCACGCCCCCGACCCUGUCAUCAUCCGCCGAGCCGCGUCACACAGGGUCCGAGUCUCCAUCAGUCCCGACCCUGAGGUCUGAGUCUCGACCCGUUUAGGAUCAGGAUCACUAGAAUCUAAUCUAAUUAGCUAAUUAAUCAAUUUACUGAAAUACUGUUAACUUUGAUGAUUACCUCAUUGGUUCCAAUCUUUUCUCAGAUUUAUGCUGUUAUACAUAAAUAUUUAGGAAAUCAUGUGAUUUUCUUAGACCAGUUACUUAAACAUUAUGUCAACACAACAAUCAAGAGAAUAACAACAUUAAGAUUCAUUCUGAAAGGAAAUCGUAGGCCUGAAUAAUAUCUUUAAUUGUGAAAACACUUAAGGAAACUCCCUUGAAGACACAUAUUUAUUUUAAAUAUCACAUUUUACUUUAUUUAAAACUUGGGAGCCUGAGCAGACUGUGCUUUGGACGACAGCCCUGAACCCGAGAGAUGAUCGUGAGCGAGACGUCUGAAUCGUGAAGAACCUGCUGACGGCUGCACGGCUGCAUGCUGCCCACGUCACUGCUUCCUCAGUCCUGCCUGUUUCCUGAGUGCUGGUGGAGUCGUGGCUCCGGUGAGGAACCUGCAGUGUGGUUCAUCUCCAGCUGGAUGUGGCUCCACCUUCCUGUGUUUAACUGCUGUGUACAUUUUUAUAACUCCACUGUCGAAAAGGGAAAGAGAUCAAGAUCAACUAGAUGUGUCCGUUUAAAGUCCCGGUCGUUUUCCCUGAGGUUUUAUUAACUUGAUUUGAAGUCUGGAGAACUGGGAUGUGACUUUAUUCCUGCACAAACAUGAAGUAAACGAGAGUUUGUGUUCAGGGUUCAGUUUUUUACUUCUUUUAAAAGAAGAAACUGAGCUGCACAGAACAAGAGAAACAGAUUAAUCUGAAAUUCACUGUGUAGGAUUCUUUUACUUUGUUUAUUUAAAACAGCUCGACUGCACUUUAGUCAGAUGAAAGAUUAUAUAUAUAUGAUUUAAGUUAUUUAGUAUUUAUUAAACUUGUUAACUGUCGACUUUCACCUGCUUGGUAAAAGUGCUGAAUUGGCUGUUUCUGUUGCAGAUCUAAAAGUUUGUCCAAGCCUUAAUCCCACAGAGCCUCGAGUUGAAGAGCGCUGCCUUACUUUUCAUUUCAUUCAACCGAACUUUAUUUGAAAGAAAAAAAGACACAUCUCUGCCAAAGACUUUGUUUCCCUUCACCAAGUUCGCCAUGACUGGUUUAAAAAAAAAGGUUUUAGCUUGUUAACUCACGCUAACUGUUUUAUUUCAUGAUUUUAAGCUUAUUUACACUGGUGUACUUUUUAUGUUGUAAUUAAUGGGAAUAGUGCAUCUACAUAACUGAAGCUUCAGAGGGGAAAUGCAGAGGUUAUUUAUUGCUCCUGUGUAUCUGUGCUGGUCGUGUGACUUCCUGCUCUCAAACCCGAUCAAUAAAGACGGUAAAGCCA